CGUCCCCUAUGGGCUGAUUUUCCUCGUCUCAUGAACAUACAAAGUUCGACGUUUGAACAACUUCUGGACAACUCGGUGGGAGGCUCAGGUCUUUCACUAGACGUCAAGAAGGCUGAAAUGGCUAUGUCUGACCUGGUUGUCCUUGUAAAAUUCACUGAUGCAUUAUCGAGUUUUGCUCAUGACGCCCGUCGAACAGGACGCGGACUUCAAACAUUGGGCUCGAAGGUUGGAGGUGCUGUAGACCUUAUACUCGCGGUCAAUGAAUACGCCAUGGCGAAACUUUCUUCUAUUCCACCAUCAACUUCCAUCAUCCCUUCAGUAUUGGUUCCCUUCAAUACGGUAUCUUCUGUGGAGAAAAUGUUCCUACAUGCUUUCGCUGAAUCGAUGAACACACUUUCCACCAUCAUUCAACGCCUCAUUCUCCUUGCCGAAGUCGAGCUCUCUAAUUUGGAGAAACUUGAGGACCAUCUUACAUUGAUCCAUGAAAUAGUCUCGCGAGAGGAUUCGACCAUCUCUUCUGCUAAGGCUGAGCUCCUCGGAGAAAUCUGGACUUGGCUUGGUGGUAAUCAGCGCCAACUGAGAGGUCACGACGCGCACUUACAGCUGCUUCGUGGAAUCGGUGCUUAUCGUAAGCAAGCGCUAGCUCAUGUGGUAUCUGCCCUACAGAUCUUGAGGGCUCUCGGUGAGGACAUGGAGGAUAUGAGAGAAAGAAUGAUAAUGCCGGAUCUGGUGGGCUCGCAAAUCCCGUUGGAAGUUCAGAUUAGCAGUAUACAACUUGGUGUGCAAAGGCUUAGGGAUUCUAAGGUCUUGGCAAAAGAAAAGGAGGGGGGCGAUGCGCGAAGGGUUGCCAUUGUGGAAGGA